UCGUAUAAUUUUCUUACAUUUGCACCGCUCCGCGUAACCUCCACGCGUAACCUCCUCUCCUCCUCCUUCUCCUUCUUCUCCUUCUUCUCUUCCUCCUCCGCCAGCUGCUGUGUAGGGUCACUACUGCUAGCUCUGGUGGAGUGGAAGGUGGAAGGUGGAAGAGUCGAAACAUACACAGUCAUUCGUCGGCCAGCGCGUUCAUUCGUCGCGUCACGCAUCUCGCAACGUGCCCACACAUGGGGACACACGACCGUUUUUUUUCUUUUCCGAAAAAAAUGAGAUCUAGAUAGGAAAGCUGCUCUCCAUCAAUUGAAAAAUACGUCGUACGUCGAUAUUUCGCGAGUUGUUUAUUUUUUUUUUUUUCUUGAAGCGUAGAAGCGGAUCGAGAAGCUAUAUGCGACAACAAUUUUCAAUUUCCAGGACUUGUAAGCAUUAUCGGAGGCAUUAUAUCAUUGGACUUACACAUCUCGCUCUCGUCGCUCUCGACAUACCGAAACGUGUGUAAAACGAACAAAAAGAAAAGGCCGUUACGAAGAAAAGAUGGAGACUCUUGUCAAGGAUGCACAUCACCUCGAUGAAACUGAAGGCCUCUUUUGCGAUCCGUCGUGCGUCGACAAUCGAAACGCAAAGAAUCAAAAUGUACAUCAGCUACAGGAACAAUUGGCUCAAGCCACCGUGAAAGUAGCCAACACGUCCUUGAGAGAUGAUUUUUCCGAUGGACAUCAAAAGGCUGAAGUCGUAAGAGCGAAACAAGAUAUGAUGAAUCGUAUAAUACAAAUGGAAGAAAAGACUCGAGAAGCAGAACGAAAUGCUAAACAUAUUCAAUUGGACGAGGCCAGUCUUAUCAAUGAUUUUCGUUCAGUUAUAUCGAAAUUAAACUCGCGUGAAAAGUUUGAUUUAGUCAGUGGAGCGCUGAAAGCUUUACAGAUCGAAAACGAAACGCACGAGAAGGUGAAGGAUCAUGAAAAAUCCAACGAGCAACUCGAGAAAGCUGAUGAUAUCGAAUAUAAUACUUUAACUUUGAAACAUCAUUUGGAUAAUAUAAGCUUGCAACAAAAUAAGCCGAGUGAUUCGAUUCAAGAACCUUUGGUCAACAAGCGGGAGAUAAUCUUACAGCAAAGAAUAGAGGAACUUCAAAAUGAAAAUAAAGAUCUUUUGGACGCUAUGGAGAAAUUGGAUGAAGAACAUACGCAAUCGAUUGAGAAACUAUUGUCGCUCAGAGAAGAAACUAAUAAAAAACAUCGUUCUCUACAAAAUGCAUACGAGCAGCUUUCCAUAGAUUAUAACAAGUCCCAGAAAAAAAUAAUCGAGUUUCGUAAUAAUGAUUUGAAAGUCGAUGAAAAUGCUUAUACCAAAACGAGUCAUCGAUCUGUCCAGACGGACAAUUUAUAUAAUUUAGACAAACACACUCAAAUAACGGUUCCUCUUCAAAGGGAUGAUAUGGUGUCAGAAACAAGUAUUCUCGAUGAUAUUACUCAGAAAAUUAAGAUGAUUUUAAAAAGCUAUACCAUAAGUACUAUUGAACCGGAUGAAACGAUCUUUGAAGCGAUCGCGAAACAAUAUGUUGACACUAAAUGGAAAUUAGACGUUUUGGAGAGGAAAAUAACUGAAAUUACCAGAGAUUUAAACGAAACUAAAGAAACGAAAGAUGUUUUACAAAUAGAAUGCGAAGAAUUGCAGUCUCAUAUCGAUUCGUUAUUGUUGGAAAAUCAAGUUUUAAAAUCGAGUUUACCGUCUAUUCCUGAAGCAAGCGAAGAACGAGUAGUCUCCUUAGAAAUGGAAGUUGAAUCUUUACGGGAAGAAGUGAAACGACUCUCGAUUGAAAACGAAAAGAUACAAGAAUUAAAUACAACUUUAACGCUCGCGGUACAAGAUAAAGGAAUGUUUUCGACAAGUCAUGACCAUUUGCAAAUAAAUGUAAAUCGCAAAUCAAGUGACUCAUCUGUAAGAGAAAAUGUAAAAUGUCCAAUAUGCUUAGUAAAGAAUAAUAGUUCAAAUGAAAACGCGGUAUCUGUCGAGCAAAUAAAACUUAAUCGUGAAAAUAAAACGCAAGAAAUAAAGUUGCCCAAGAUAUCCAAGACGAAAUUGUUGGAAAAUAAUGAUCUUGUAUCGUUACAAGAUCAGGAUAUCGUCGAUAAAUUGGCAAAUGAGAAUAAAGAAGAUUUGCUUCAAAAGAAUACGCAAUUAUAUGACACAACUUUGCGAGAAGAAAAUGAUUAUCAAUUGCACGAUUUGCAGGAACGGCUUGACAUAGCUAUUCGCGAGAAAUUUGAUUUGGAGAAUGAUAUUUUACGCAUGGAAAAAGAAUUGGAUGAGAUGCAGUUUCAAAUGGACAUAAAACAAUCUCAAAUAACAAAAUUAAAUCAGGAUAAUGAUAGAUUAAUUAAAGAAAAUAUAUCUCUGUCAGAGCAAUUAACUGCUACGCACGAUGAAUCAUUGGACAAGAUAGAAUUGUUAAACACAGAGAUGUCGUUGCUUCAACAAGAACAUAAAGAUUUGACACAGGAGGUAUCGAUUUACAAGGAAGAAUUGACUCGUACAAAGGAUAAAUUGCACGAGUCGCAAGAACAUUAUGCAAAACUGGAAAACGAACAUUAUGCCUUAAAAGUACGGUAUGAACAAAUUGAAUUAGAAAAGAAAAAUAUUCAUACACAAGCGAUAAGAAUGCAAGAACUUGAACAUGAAUUAAGUCUAAAAGAGUCAUUUAUAGAGAAGUUGAAUUUUCUACGAAAUAGAUAUGAACUUUUAGAACAAGAAAUAAAAGAUGUUCGUACUAAAGAAACGCAGUUGUUGAAAUCUCGAGAAGACAUCUCAGAGAUAUCUUCGCCAAACAUAGAUAGAGCCAAUAAUAGAUUGCAGGAAGAACCUUCAACCGUUGAAGAUAAUUUAAUCGGAAAAGAAAACAUUAUACAUGUGAAAGCGGAAAUGCGAGAUUUAAUGCCGAAAGAUACAUUGAUUAUCGAUGAAGAAAAGCGAGAAAAGAAUGUCUUACAAAUACACAACGAACAAAUGAUGAGUGAAAUUACUGAAUUGCGUAGCAAAUUACAAUCUGCUAUUGAAAAUAGUAAAGAAUCGGCAGAAAUGGCUAAGCAGACUAUCGAAGGUCUCUCACAUCUUAUUCGAGAAAAAGAUCAAGAAAUGAGCAUUCUACGAACUGAAGUAGAUCGUGCGAAGACUGUUAUCGCACAAGCUUCCAAUGAACUCAUCCUAAUCAGAAAUCAAAAGGAUGAAUUGGAACGAAUUGUUUCUGCGAAACAUAACGAAAGUUUACAAUAUCAGAAUGAAAUUGAAAAGUUGGUUCAACGCGUGAACGAACAAACGGCUCAAAUCCAAAGAUUAAUUUCCGAGAAAACAGCGAAUGAAAUACGAGAUGAGAACGUAAAUCUGAAGGAACGGCAAAAGGACUAUACUCAUCAAAUUGUUGAUCAACAAAAUGGGCAAAAUGUCGAAAUUGUGGCUCUGAAUAAAAAAUGUGACGCAUUAGAAAUUGCUUUGAUGCAAGAACAGUCCAACAAUAGAAUACUGCAAAAUCAGCUUACCGAAAGCCGAAACAGGGAAGCUAGUUCUGUUAAAGAAUUAGAAAGACUGAGAACGCAUUUAGUCGAAAUAGAAUCGAGCUAUACGGAAGAAGCUCUAAUCGCUGAAAAGAAUCGUCAAGAAUUGGAGACGAGAUUAUUGCAAGCUGAAGAGAAAGUGAAGAAUAGUUCAACUGCUUUUACAUCGGCAAAUAUUCGGGCAAAUCAGCAGAUAGAAACGUUGCAGCAACAGAUAGCUCUGAUUACUCAACAAAGAGAUCAUAUACAGACAAAAUUAUCUGCCGCAGAAGACAAUAUUCAAUUGCAAUCUGCCUCUUUGACUAAUCUGCAAAUAGUUUUGGAACAGUUUCAACGAGAUAAAGAACGCGAUAUUGAGUCAGCUACAGAAAAAAUUCGAUGUCAGCUCAAUGAAGCAUAUAAGAAACAAGAUGAAUUAUUAAACGAAAUUUUGAUUCUUAAGCAACAAUUAUUUGAGGCUAAAGAAUGCUUGCAGGCUGCCUCAAGAUUAAGCGAGCAGCUUGAGAAGAAGGAUGAACAAAUCGAGCGUCUCGAUGAAGAAGUUACGCGAUUGACGACAUCGCUAAAUUUUGCCGAACAAAGAGUAAAAGAGGCAAUGGAGCAUGAUGAGGAGAAAAUCGACAAAAUUCUUAUUAAAAAUCUUCUUUUGGGUUAUUUAUCCUCGGCUACAUCGGACAAGUCUGCGAUACUCAGGGUCUUUGCUAAUGUUUUGAAUUUCACCGACUCGGAAAAAGAUAAAACUGGUUUGAACAAUGGAAAUGCGCAGAGCGGUCGGCUCUUACGCUCUCACGAAAGUGGCAAUGUGCCUUCAAAGUAUCAGGGAGCAUCUUUAUCAACAGCUUUUGUGAGAUUUUUAGAAAGUGAAUCUAAACCGAAGCCUCAGCUACCACUUUUGCCGAUCAUGAAUUCAUCUUCGUCGCGGUCAGAAUAUAACAAACAACGGCCUCCAUCAUCGGCACAAUCUACAUUAUUAUUGUCUAACGUGGCUCUUCCAACAUUUCCAGACUUUAUUCCGGCUAGAAAUACGGGAUCUAUUUUGAAGGAAGUAUUAAAGGACAGUUGAUUAUACGCAUUAUAUUAAAAAAAAAAAUUGUACAAAUAAUAUUAGAGAUUACAAUAUAUUCGGUUGCAUUUUAUACCAA